GAAUCAAUACUGUCAAAAAUUAUUGACAAAGUUUAUGCUUUCUUAAAAUUUGUGUUUAAGCUAAAUUAAUAUACUCAGUAUUCAGGAUAUGUUUAUUUAGAGUAAUUUUUAAAGAAUCAUGUUCGCAAUCAGUGGACCCCGUGUCUUACAUAAGUGUUACAAAAUUUUGAGGUUAUGUCUAGUAGAGUUUAGUAACAUACCGGAUAUUAAGAAUUUAAACCUCGUUAGGACCGUAGAAAAGACAAUAGACACUACCACAAGCAUUUUCAUCGAUAGUCCUAUUCAUGUGAAGGUUCAGCCUAUCGACGUGAAUGACUUGAGUGCCCACAACAAACUGACUAUGAUGUUGUACAGCCAAGGCAAAGAUACCAAUGAUUUUCAGCUAAAACAGACUUCCAAACGCUUAGACUUACUUUGCAAUAAGAAAACCUCACCAGACAAGGAUGACGUUUGCCUAAUUCGAAUUCCUUAUAAACUGAAACUACACGUAACAACGACAGAAAAUGCGUCCGUACACUUAGCAAAGCUAGAAGCUGAUGAAUUUAUUGUCAAAACACAAAAAGGUGAUGUGAUGGUGGCGGACAUGAAGGCAGACAACCUCAAAGUUGAGUCUGAAAGUGGAGAUCUUGAAACGGAAGGACGAUUGCAAGCCAGCCUCAUUGAACUGAAAACGGGUGUGAAUGGAAAUGUCAAGUGCAACAAUAUUAUGGCUAACAACUUCACGGUUGCCACCCACGGUGGUGAAAUAUCUGUUAAGUCCUGUUACAGUGACCAGUCUCAUUUCACUACGCUCAUGGGAAACAUAAGGCUUGAUAAUCUGCACAGAGCAGUAAAAAUUGAUGUUAUACAGAAAGGCAAUCUACAUAUAACUGGUUUUUACGGUAGCCUCGAAGCCUCCUUGAAGAGUGGAGAAGUAUUUAUGCAUGCAUCCAAAUUUACGGACAAAAGUAGUAUCUUUAUUCAUGAAAAAGGAAAAGUAGAAGUUAUGAUACCAAAUAUUCUUAAAAACUUGCCGGCUGCUAGUUUAAUGGCUGAGAAAAUAAAUGUGGAUGAAAAAAUAAUGAAGCUCGGUAGAUUCAUGGAUGACUCACACCCACAAAGAUUUAGAUAUGAGAAAAAUAAUAAGAAUGAAUUGCACAUUGUUUGUAGAAAUGGAUCCAUUGAUUUGAAAGAGACGGACAUUCCGUUUUUUAUUCUAAGUAACUAAGCUCAGUUCUUAAUUAUUCUGGUUAAGGAUACCUUAUAUACCUCAUUUUUUAUGUUUGACAGUGAGGCUUUAAACUUUUAUGAAUAUUGCAAUUCGGAAUGGUAAUAAACAUAAAAACAGUUAUUUUUUUUUUUUGUUUUGUUGGAUAUAAGUAAUAAUAAUAAUUGUAUUUUGUAACACUCAAUUUAUAGACAUUAGAUAUUAUAGAAGAUGGUGAUAGAUGCAU